AUGGCUCACCAGACGGCCAAGGAGCCCGCCAUCGUCACGGCCCUGGAUAACCUGGGCAGCAGCUCCGACUCGGCCAGCACGUCGGACGCUUCGGCCAAGGACCGCCUCUAUGGGAACGUCUUCCUCGGUGGCGGCUCGACGGAGCACUACGAGCCGAUUCCCGAGUACGAGGGCCGCCACCGGUACGACCCCAAGGCCGAGUGGACGCCCAAGGAGGAGAAGCGCCUCGUGCGAAAGCUCGACUACAGAAUCUGCACCUGGGUCUGCGUCAUGUUCUUCGCGCUGCAGCUGGACCGCGGCAACAUCUCCAACGCGCUCGCCGACAACUUCCUCAAGGACCUGCACCUGACCACCAACGAUUACAACCUGGGCAUGACCAUCUUCUACCUGUGCUUCCUGCUCGCCGAGCUGCCCUCCCAGGUCAUCUCCAAGAAGCUGGGGCCCGACGUGUGGGUGCCCGCCCAGAUGAUCCUCUGGAGCAUCGUCGCCAUGCUGCAGUGCGUCAUCCGCGGCCGCACCGGCUUUCUGAUCACCCGCGGCUUCCUCGGCGCCUUUGAGGGCGGCUUCAUCCCCGACGCCAUCUUGUAUCUCUCGUACUUUUACGACUCCAAGGAGCUGCCGGUGCGGGUCAGCUACUUUUACACGGCGAGCAACUUGACGCCGAUCAUCUCGGCGUUUUUGGCGUACGGCAUAUUGCACAUGCGCGGCAUCGGCGGCUGGGAGGGCUGGAGGUGGCUGUUUGUGCUGGAGGGCGGGCUGACGGCGCUGAUCGGUGUGGUCUCGUGGUUUUACCUGCCGCCGAGCCCGACGCAGACGGCGGGCGGGCUGCGCGGCAAGGACGGCUGGUUCGACGAGCGCGAGGAGGUCAUCAUGGUGAACCGCAUCCUGCGUGACGAUCCCAGCAAGGGCGGCAUGCACAACCGUCAAGGCCUAACCCUGCCGCUGCUCUGGCAGGCCCUGUCCGACUUUGACCUGUGGCCCAUCUACCUGCUCGGCUUCACCCUGCUCGAGCCCGUCGCGCCGAUCCAGAGCUACCUCACGCUCAACCUGCGCCAGCUGGGCUUCGACACCUUCCAGACCAACCUGCUCACCAUCCCCGGCUACGUGCUCUUUGCGAUCCAGCUGAUUGUCUGGACGCGCAUCUCGGAAUGGAUUAAUAACCGCUUCAUUGUUGUCUUCUUCUGCUCCGUGUGGCUGUUCCCGCUGGUGCUGUCCCUGCGGCUGCUGCCCGACGGCGCGAGCAGCUGGGCGCGGUACGCGCUGACCGUGCUCGUCAUCGGGUACCCCUACGUUCACUCCAUCGUCGUCUCGUUGACGUCGCGGAAUGCCGGGUCCGUGGCCGGGAGGACUGUCGGCAGCGCAGUGUACAACAUGUGCGUGCAAGCAGGCAGCAUCAUCGCUUCCAACAUUUACCGCGAGGAUGACAAGCCUUACUACCGCCGCGGCAACUCGGCGAUCCUGGGCAUCAUUACCUGGAACGCCGUCUUCACCCUCGCGAUCAAGGGGUACUACGUGUGGCGCAACAAGACGAAGGCAACCAAAUGGGACGCCAUGACUGCGGAGGAGAAGCGUGGUUAUGUUGACACGACGACGGAGAAGGGAAGCAAAAGAUUAGACUUUAGAUUCGCGCACUAA